AUGUCGGCAGACACCGUCAAAGUCAACGUCGAAUUCGGCGGCGGCACCGAGCUGCUCCUGGCACCUCCGCACGAGAAGAAGCACAAACUCACACUACCACGCACGGACGCAGCUGGCAACGACACCAAUGUCACCUUCCUCAUCGAAUACAUCCGCAAGAAUCUGCUCCAAGAGCGCGAAGAGCUGUUCGUCGACGGUGACUCGGUACGACCAGGCAUCCUCGUCUUGAUCAACAACGGCGAUUGGGAGCUUGAAGGCGAAGGCGACUACGUACUGCAAGAUGGUGACGAGGUGGUGUUCAUCAGCACAUUGCAUGGCGGCUGA